ACAGAAUGUAAAAGUAAGGAAUGGGUGUCUACAGUAAAGGAUAUAUAAAUUUUAUGAACACAAUUCCAAAUUUUAAAUUCUAAAAUCCAAAUAAAUAAAUAAAAUAGUGAAAUUAAAACAUUUAGCAGCCUGAGGGAGAUGUAGUUAAGGAAUUGUUUGAGGUGUAGUUGUAAAAUAGAGCUGCUAAUGUCUAUUAAAUGUAUGUGUUAUCAGUUUGCACAUGCAUUUCAGAGUUUAAAAGGACAAUCCCUGGUGAGUCAUUGGACACCUCCUCCGUGUCACUUCCUCUUCGCUCGCUCUGAGCUCCACCUUGGCCUGGCUCACCUUCCACUUCUCAAGUUACUUCACCCUGCAGAUCCCGCCCCUUGCCCUUCAGGGAGUAGUGUUUUGUCAGUCUGAAAUGGUGCUAGCAGGGGGCCCGCAGUGUAUUGCAAAUCUAAGAAAGACUGAUGAGUGGACUGGCCAAACCUCAAAGCUUGCCUGCUGUGAACUUUGCCCCUGAAAAAUCUGCUCUCAGGAAUGAAAGGCAUCUAAGACUGCAGGAUUACCUUAUUGGUGUACCUUAUUUAUGAAGUCAGAGUGCCAGAGAGGGAGGGACCUAAGGCCUUAGUGGGUGAGUGUGUUUGUGUUUUAAAGCGAAUGAAGGAGGGAGGGAGAGACCAAAUCACACAGGCUGUAGGGAGGGGUAGGGCAAGUCUACAGAGUCAAGAGAGACUAAACGACACAAGUGAGCAGUCAAGAGUCUUGAGUUACAGGAUCUCAAUGUCUAUUUGGAGAAGAGUGAGGCGGCUUUAGGUUUUGCUCUCCUGCCGUGGGCCUCAGGAGAGGCAGGACCCGGCAGGCCAACGGGCACAGGAGCCGUAGCAUGGGACACAGUGCUAGCAGUGAGACAGUGGCCCAGCAACCAGUCCAACACAACACGGAUGAUGAGGUCGACCUGCAGCAAAGCACAACGCAGGCUGAAGAUGGAAACUCUGGUAGGGGAACACCUCCAGCAAAACACAAAGGAAAGCUCUCCAAAGUGGGAAAGAUCUUCAAGCCCUGGAAAUGGAAAAAGAAGAAGCCAAGUGAGAAAUUCACUGAAACAUCGAAAGCUUUGGAAAGAAAGAUUUCUGUUAGAAAAAGUCGUGACGAACUAAUUGCGAAGGGGCUUCUGAAGGAUGUCCCAGAGAAUGAGAGCAAUGAUGUAAACCACACCAAAGCUCCUCCAGUGAAAAAUGGACACUCUGUGCCAAUAGAUGUGGACAGGGUGUCAGAGGCAGGGGUACGAGUGUCUCGAGGAGAAUCUGACAUGAAGGCGAACCCCCUAAGGCAACCUCAAGCAGAUGAACGUCGAAGCAGAGUGCCAUCUGAUGCCUCCAGAAGUAACCGGGCACCUCUGGAUGUGGACUCUCACGCACGACUUGCUGUGGACGUAGACAGACGAAGCCGUCUGCCAUCAGAUGUUGAUAAGAGAAGUGGAUCUUUACCCCGAGGACCUCUACAAGAUGAUAGAUACCGCAGAGAAGAGAGGAGAGAUGGCAGAGACGACAGAGAGGACAGAGGAAAGAAAAGCAGGGAAGACAUGGAAAGAAGGGACUGGCGAGAGGAACGGGAAAGGGAUGGGGGAGUUGACCGGAGGGAAGACAGAGACUUCAGAGAAAGGAGAGAAUGGAGAGAUGACAGAGAGAGGAGAGAUGAAAGAAUAGACAGAGACUACAGGGAACGAAGAGAUCGCGAUGAGAGGGAGAGGAGAGAUCGCGAUGAGAGGGAGAGAAGAGAUCGCGACGAGAGAGACAGGAGAGAUCCCGAUGAGAGAGAAAGGAGAGAUCGUGAUGAGAGAGAAAGGAAAGAUCGUGAUGAGAGAGAAAGGAGAGAUCGUGAUGAGAGAGAAAGGAAAGAUCGUGAUGAGAGAGAAAGGAGAGAUCGUGAUGAGAGAGAAAGGAGAGAUCGCGACGAGAGGGAGAGGAGAGAUCGCGAUGAGAGGGAGAGGAGAGAUCGCGACGAGAGAGAGAGGAGAGAUCGCGAUGAGAGAGAGAGGAGAGAUCGCGACGAGAGAGAAAGGAGAGACAGGGAUGAAAGGGAACGCAGGGAUCGCGAUGAGAGAGAGAGAAGGGACAGGGGAGACGAUAGGGAUUGGCGGCUUGAGAAGGAACGGAAAGACAACAAAGAUGAUAGAAAGGAUGAGAGAGAAAAAGAAGACAGGGAGAGGAAAGACAUGCAAGGACGAAGAGAUGUUGGGGAUAGGAGAGAGGAUAGAGACAAAUGGGAUGAGAGAAAUGAAAGAGAGCGACGAGAUGAACAGGAAAAGAGGGAGGGAAAGGACAGGAGAGAAAAGCUGGAGCCUCAGCGCCCAAUGGAUGACUCACGGCCAAUAGUCAGGCCUGUCUCUGAGAUGGACUUGCGGCCUCCUCUACAGAAGAGCUCGUCAGAGGACAACAAGAGGAUUCGUCCAGCCUCAGAAGCUGAUAAAAGGAGUACCUUGCCCAGAUACAUCCCAGCUGCAGAGUUCAGAGAACGCUCAGAGUCUGCUGGUGUCCGCUUCGCCCCUGACCCUCAUCCAGCAAAAGAUCCUCAGCAGGAACCUCCACCACCCAAACAGGCUCUGCUUCCCCCUAAAUUUCUCACUGCUUCCUCCACUGAGUCCGGCAGGAGUCCAACCCCUUCUUCAUCUUCCUCCUGUUCCUCAUCCUCCUCCUCCUCCUCCUCUUCCUCCUCUGCUGCUGUCGCUGUUGCCAAGCCACCAAGGACAGUCUCCCUAAUAGCUGAAGACCCACACCGUCCCCUGUCCCUCAUUGUUCCUUCCUCAGCUGACUCUGACACGCCACCCCCUGUCCCUCCCCAUGCCAAGCAGCCUCCCGUCCCUCCACCUAAACCCACCAACCGCAACAGCAACCCUGCACUGCUUGCCUCCUCAUUGAACAGGGGCUGUAAGGUCAGGCAGCCUUGUCACUGGACCAGCUGGAAACGCCAGAGUGAGCUUGGCCUGUACCUUUCUCUACCAGUAUACCUGCGGCACAGGGCUGCCCAGACUUUCUCAGCAGAGCUUUCGCAGCCUGGCAGUGGUGUCAUCAUAGUGCCAGCACCUGCUAGGCGCUCUCCACCGACACCACCAAAGAGGAUGACCCCUGUAACCAAGCGCCAUUCUGUGGACCCUUCUCCUCCCGUUCAGGCCCCAGAGUCUCCCACCACUGACCCGGCCUCUGCACCAGUACCAACGCCCCCUGCUGUCCUAAAAGGAGAGAAUGGCGAGGACAAGAGAAAUGCAGAAGCCCCUCAGACCUCACCCGAGUCUCUGCCUUCACCGCCACCCCACAUACCUCCAUCCCCUCCCAGGGUACCCAGAGUUCAGUCGCUCCAGCCCCCCAGCACCUCUUCCUCCUUCUCUGGUCCUGUGCCCACCGUGCAACCUGAUCCUCCGAGCCCAACCACUGAGCCGCCCAGCCAGCCUCCGGCCAUCCCCCUGCAUAUCCUCAUCCAGAGAGCCCUGGCCAGCCCCGGCCCAGCUCAGCCUAACCCAGAUGGCUCCCAAAGGGCACACUCGCUUCUAUUUGAGUCUCCUCCAGAUUUCAUGGUGGAAGUGGGCGGUAACAUAAGGCACUCUCUCCCCAUCACCAUCGAACCUCUCAGGCUGCCGGAAGACGAUGACUUCGACAUUGAGGAGGAACUGCGAAAGAUUCAGCCUCAGAAGCUUCUUCGCCAGCCUGACCUGGAGCCCCGCAGCAGGCGUGGUCUAGUCGAAGACCCUAGAGUGAGCGUCAUCCAUGAGAGUGGGGGCCCCGGGGACAGUGAGGAAGAGUCUGACUCUGACGGCCCCAUCCUAUACAGAGACGACGACGACGACGAUGAUGAUGAUGAAGAAGCCCCACCGAGUGGGCUGGCGAGCCGUGUGAAAAGGAAGGACACGUUAGCCCUGAAGCUGGAGAAAGAGGAAAGGAACGCUCAGAACCAUGAUGGCAAGAGUUGGAACAGCCAGGAGCAGUGGGUGGAGCUGAAGAAUAGGAUUGGCACCACCCUGAACCGGCGGCUGAGUCAGAGGCCGACAGCAGAGGAACUGGAGCAAAGAAACAUCCUUCAAGCCAAGAAUGAAGCGGAUCGACGAUUAGAGAGAAGCGAGAUCAAACGGAGGCUCACGAGAAAGCUGUCACAGAGACCCACAGUGGCUGAACUCCAGGCGAGGAAGAUUCUGCGUUUCCAUGAGUACGUCGAGUCCACCCACGCCCACGACUACGACCGGAGAGCAGAUAAACCAUGGACCAAGCUCACCCCUGCUGACAAGGCUGCCAUCCGCAAAGAGCUCAAUGAAUUCAAGAGUUCAGAGAUGGAGGUUCAUGAAGAAAGCAGGAUUUAUACCCGGUUCCAUCGGCCUUAGUUGUCCAUGCUGACCAGUAAAGCACACAGACUGGGAGUAGCGAGGAGUCCCUCUCUCCACAAGGAACUGAACAUGUGGCCCGUUUGGUCUGUUUUUACCGACUGCCUGCUAACCUGUUACAGCUCAAGAUGCUGCUGACGCUGACGACUAGAAGCAUAAGUGAAAGAAGCCACAAAUCAGUCGAACCCCGAGUGGUUUUCAGACAUACUCCAGUUCUUAGACUAUGGAAUUCAGGACAGGAGGAGUUUGUCAGUGCAUCCAUGUUGGAGGCACCUGGUGCCAACACUAAAGGGCGAGGAAACCCCCCCAUCUAAUGGGGGCUCAGAGCUACUGAAGGGUUAUCACACUGUCUUGUUUAGGGGAAACCACUCUCACCAUGCCUUUAACUGCCUUCACUAAAUGUUUUCUCUCCUCCUUGCAGAACAGGAAGACUAUGCACAUAAAGACAUUUAUGUAGUUCCUAUUAACACAAACUAAUCUGGACCUGUGCUGUUUCUAGGUUCAUUACUACCCAAAGGUUGUACCAGCCUUACUCUUCACACGAUCUCACACACGUCGAGGUUCAGACAGAAUGUGAAAGACUUGCAUACAACGGCGUUCUUAUUUAAAACUCAGUUUUAGCUGUAUUUAAAUCAACACUUUGAGCUCUGUGUGUAGACCCUCAGAGCGCUGAUCCCAACCUAAUAUCAGAAAAUGUGUAUUUUACUGUAUUUUGUUGACAUUUAAGUGAUUCUCAUGGAGCACAUAUUACUAGAUUAUUUUCUAAUAAGGCACCUUAUGUUCAUGAACUGGGUGUGUAGAAAAGGUUUCAGCCUAUAAUUCUGUUUAUAAUUGAAUUAUUCAAGCAGGAAAAUGUACAUAUUUUUAUUUUCCUGGCUAUUUUAUGGUACUUCAUACAUGCAAGUCCUCAGUUGGCUGCAAUUGUAUAGAUCAGUUAUGUAGAUUUGAUUGACUUUAUAUAUUGUACAUCCACAGUAAUGCUGACAUGUUUUAUUUGUUAAAUAUUUCUCAAAUGUUAUUUCCAACUAUUAAUGGCACAUUUGCUCUUUUUCUUUUUUCUUUUUUUGAUACAUGAUCUUUAACAUGUUUUUGCAAACCACACUGUAUAAAUGAACAAUCCACUCAGAAAUUAAAAUAACCUGAUUUUUUUCAUGUCACUAUGUGUGAUGUGAUUAUUCUUGUGUCCUUCUCUCUGCCAGAGAAAUAAAUCUAUAUAAAUAAGUA